AGACCGGCGGUGUCGGCGGCGGCAGCAGCGCAGGGCGUGCGAUCAUGUCUGGCCGGGGCAAGGGCGGCAAGGGGCUCGGCAAGGGCGGCGCCAAGCGCCACCGCAAGGUGCUGCGCGACAACAUCCAGGGCAUCACCAAGCCCGCCAUCCGCCGCCUGGCUCGGCGCGGCGGCGUCAAGCGCAUCUCGGGGCUCAUCUACGAGGAGACGCGCGGCGUGCUCAAGGUCUUCCUGGAGAACGUGAUCCGCGACGCCGUCACCUACACGGAGCACGCCAAGAGGAAGACGGUCACGGCCAUGGACGUGGUCUACGCGCUCAAGCGCCAGGGCCGCACUCUCUACGGCUUCGGCGGCUAAAGCCUCGCCUUCCUGCCGUACCAGCAACAAAACAGAAUUACAAAGGCUCUUUUAAGAGCCGCCCACCUAUUCCUUUAAAAGAGCU